GCCGCCCUGACACCUUGUCUGACACAUGACGCAGUCCACGUGGGCCCGCGCAUCUCCACAAACCAACUUUCCACGCCCAUGAAUGCGUGCAUUCUGCUUUCUUCAACACACUGGACCUCAAAGUGGCUGCCACCUUUUGUUUGGGGCGGGGGUCCAAGUUGUUUCUUAGAUCCGUUGAUUGUACGUCUUCCUCGUAUAUUAAGCAAGUAGCCGACAAUGACGACGUUGCCGGGAACAGUACCGCGAAUGAUGCGCCCGGCCUCUGGACAGAACUAUCCAAGGACCGGCUUCCCUCUGGAAGUGUCUACACCUUUAGGCCAGGGCCGGGUCAACCAGCUGGGGGGCGUCUUCAUCAACGGCCGUCCCCUGCCCAACCACAUUCGCCACAAGAUUGUGGAGAUGGCCCACCACGGGAUCCGACCGUGCGUCAUCUCCCGCCAGCUGCGGGUUUCCCACGGCUGCGUGUCCAAGAUCCUGUGCCGCUACCAGGAGACCGGCUCCAUCCGUCCCGGGGCUAUUGGAGGCAGCAAGCCCAGGCAGGUCGCGACGCCCGACGUGGAGAAGAGAAUCGAGCAGUACAAGAGCGACAACCCGGGAAUAUUCAGCUGGGAGAUCCGAGAUAAACUGCUCAAGGACGGCGUGUGCGACAGGAGCAGCGUCCCUUCAGGUGAGACACUCGCUGUGAGUUCCAUCAGUCGAAUAUUGAGAGCUCGUUUUGGCAAAAAGGAUGACGAGGAGGACGACGAGGACGAGGAGUGCUUUAAAAAGGACGAAGAGGAGGACAAGAAAACCAAGCACAGCAUCGACGGCAUCUUGAGAGACAAAGGCAGUCGAAUGGAUGAAGUGUCGGAUGUGGAGUCGGAGCCGGACCUCCCCCUCAAGAGGAAGCAGCGCAGAAGUCGUACCACGUUUACGGCCGAACAGCUGGAAGAACUGGAGAAGGCUUUCGAAAGAACCCAUUACCCUGAUAUUUACACCAGAGAAGAGCUGGCCCAAAUGACUAAACUCACUGAGGCGCGAGUACAGGUGUGGUUCAGCAAUCGCAGGGCCAGAUGGCGAAAACAAGCAGGAGCCAGUCAGCUCACGGCUUUCAACCAUCUGUUGCCUAGCGGAUUUCCGCCAACAGGGAUGCCAACACUUCCUACAUACCAACUGGCAGACUCCAGCUAUCCGAGCAAUAUUUUAUCCCAAGAUGGCGGCGGGACAGUUCACCGGCCCCAACCGCUACCCCCCUCCACUAUUCACCAGAGUGGUCUAUCCAGCAAUGACAGCAGUUCCACCUAUGGUCUAGCUUCGAAUCGCCACAGCUUUUCUGGCUACUCCGACACCUUCAUGACAUCUGCACCGAGCAGCCACGUCAACCCGGUCAGUGCUGGGCUUUCCCCGCAGGUGAUGAGCAUCCUGAGUAACCCGAGUGGCGUUUCCUCCCAACCCCAACACGACUUCUCUGUGUCGCCGCUCCACAGCAUGUUGGAAGCCCCUCCACCUAACGGAGCGUCAGCCCCCGGCAGCCACCGUUCGGUGGAGGCCUCCAUUAAGACGGUGGACAGCCUUCCAUCCUCCCAGUCCUACUGUCCCCCAACGUACAGCACCACCAACUACAGCGUGGACCCCACUGUGGCUGCCGUGGGCUACCAGUACACUCAGUAUGGCCAGACUGCUAUGAAUUGUCUGGCCAAGAAUGUGGGCCUGUCCAGCCAGCGCAGGGUGAAGCUGUCCGACCACUCGGGUGUUUUGGGACUGCUGCAGGUGGAGACUGGUCAGGCGUACUAGUCCUAAUGUGACCUCAUCAGCACAACAUGACACCGGCAGUGCGAUCACGUUCCGUUGUUCCAUUUUGUGAAGAGGGAAAAAAAAAAGUGAGCUAAACAUGCAAAUUAUUUGGUUUGAUGUGAGGCUAUUUUGGUUGAUAAUUUCAGGUAUCAUUUAAAAUCAUUUCCAACGGGAACAUUCGAGCUAAUUAUUACUAGUCCGUAUAUUUUACGAGAUGUUUUAAGUUUUUCCAUGGAGUCAUUGCUGCAUUUCUAAAUGGGUGAGGAGUGGCUGAAAAUAAUUGGACUUUUGAAAUGGUCAAAUUUGUGCAAAAGGUCCCAGCAAAUGCAAUUAUGUGUUUCAAAACAUUUGGGGACUUUGAAAAAUAUUCAUCUAUUUUGUUUUACUUUUCGUUUUGACAAUCUUUAGAUCGCUAAACAUUAGUCGAAUAAUUUGUGUCAUAUUAUUGUAAAAAAUGUAUAUCUUUGUAAUAUAUUGUUAUUAAGAAAUGUCAAAUCAGGUCAAAAUAAUUUUUUUUAAUGUGUUUGUAUGAGAGAUUCAUCAAAUGUAGUUGGAGGCAAGAUAUUCCAGAUUUUCCAUUUUGGACAUUAUUUUAUUCUCACUAAAUAAAAGGCAGAUCACAUUUGGAUUAUGAUUAUAAUUAUUCAUAUUAUUGUGGUCAAAUCCACAGUGGAUUUUCUCAAGUGUGUCCUUUUUUUUCGUAAUUCAUCCUCAAAUUCUUUCUUCACUGUUGACAUGGACAUGUGUGACUUCAAUUGCCUUCUGUAACUAUGCUCACCUUCGAUUAUUUAAUAAAACAGAAUUUGAUUAAAUAUG